AUGGCGUCGAAAGAAGAAGUAUCAGCUGCGUUUGAAGAAAUUAAAGAAAAUGUUGGUUUAGAUGCACUAAAAAGCGAGCAAUUAGACAUCCUGACAUCGAUUAUUAGGAACGAAGAUUGUGUAGGCGUGUUACCGACAGGAUAUGGCAAGUCUUUACCAUACCAGGUAGCGAAGGGUCAAAAGGAUUAUUGUGCAGUGGAGGAAUGUGACAUCAUAUUUUCUUCACCAGAGCAUCUUGUUGGGAAUGAUGAUUGGAGAGGAUCCUUAUCGAAGCUAAAGGUCUCCUUAAUAGUAGUUGAUGAGUUCCAUACAGUUUCUACAUGGUAA